AUAAAAGGCAAAAUAUAGGGAUUUUUUCGGAUUUUCGAUCGUCGUGUCCAAUGAAAUAUUUUGUCACCAUUUAUAUCCGUUCAGUGCGAGUCGCUCCCAACUGACCCAAUUCGGAAACCUGUGGCUACCUGUGACCGUGUAUCUGCUGCAUACUUCACGAUACUUCAAAAGUUUGAUAACAUCACAGAUGAGUGGCACGAGAUUGGAACAAUUACAAAGGAAUAAGAAGAACAAGCGUAAGAACAGUGGCACGAUAUGGAUGACGACCCAGUUCUGCAUCAGAAAAUCUGUCAUAUUCUGAAAAAAUACGUAAACUUAUAUAAUACAUUUCUCGCGCUGCGUGUUUUGAAAGAACGGCAGAAUUCCAUAGAAUUCGAGCGCAAAAUAAAAGCUAGAUUAAAGAACAUACUCCGCUGGACGAUGAAGCGCGAGAAUCUGUACAAAGGAACCUUGUGCAACCUGGAGAACGAGAACAAGGAAUUAAAACGUCGCCUAAAUGAGAUGCAACAGGAACGAGAUCAUGCCGAAGCUGUAAACAAUGCCAAAGAUUGCCUGAUUUCAAGAUUGGCAGAGAAUUUAUUGGAAAAAGAAGAAAAUUAUUUCAAGAGGACAAAGAUGCUAUAAUUGAUAUUGUUUAAACGCGGUAGUACACAUGUACAUUAUUAUGUACAAUAUACGUAUAUCGUAUAUACAUCCUUUCAAUUAUAAUGUACACAUUUUUUUAUUAUACUAUCAUUACAAUAUGUAUGUUCAGUUUAUACAAAUAACUCAUUAAUAUUUCAUUACAGAAUUCUAUAAUAAUUUAUACAUAUAUAUGGAAACAAACAAAACUAAUAUAAUAUACCCAACAACAAUAACAAAAAAUCAAAAAGACAUUAGUGUGUUAAACAAGAGAAAACAAGUUAUUUUACUAUUGUUUAAUUCAAAAUUUGUAAUUAAAACCAUAUUAUAAUAAUAUCAUUUAUAUA